AUUUAACUUCCUUGGGACUUACUGGGCUUGGCCUUGCGGUGGUCAGGAUAGCUUUCUUUCAAUAAGUACAGUGAGUAGCUUGAUAGAGAACCACAGCCUGACAUGUGACCCCCCCUGUUGACUUGACACAGCUCUAGCAUCAGGAUCUGGAGACCGGGUCAGCAGAACAAACAGGCUGCUGUGCCUUGCAGGAGAAUUUAGGAUAAAUUAGUAUUAGAAUCAGACUGGAUUAAGGAAGUUGUGGAAGGAAAAGGGGUAUUGAGUACUUGCUUUGUGGACUGAACUGUUUAAAUUGCCGCCCUAGGAUCUUACUCCUCAUUGAUUAUUUGUGUAUUCAUAAGAAGUAAUUAUGGGGACUAAUUUGAGGUCCUAUAGUAUAUAGAUAGGACUGGACUAUCCACCCUUCUUGUCCUUCAAAGGAGAGGAAAAUAAAGGAGAAAUGAAAUUCAACGAUCAUGCCACAAACACGUUAUGUUUGAGUUUAAAGUUAAGCUCUGGCUAAAGCUUAGUAUUCUGUUGACCUAAUGGAUCUGGAUAAGCUCUAAGGAAUGCAUUUUGAUGGCGGAACAUUUUGCAGUGAUUUGUGCUCAGACAAGCAAUGUAGGGCAAUUUCACAAUUCACCACCUGCUCAAUGGGGUUGGAUAUGUUUGUGAACACAUUUGAAUAUUUCCUGUUGUAUUUUGGCUUGUAUGGGAUUCCACCCAUGUUGAAUCUGGAUUCCAGAAUGCAGGAUCAAUGAGUUCCCAAGAGUUUUGAAAUAACUUUGGCAUUUGCUAUCAAGACUAAGAUUAAACCGUAGCAAAGCCCGUCUCAGGCUCCUCCAACAUGAACAGAGCAUUUAACAGGCGAAAAGAUAAAACAGUGAUGCCCUCUCCUGAGUCUUUGGUGAACAGUCACAUAACAUACAAUGCUAAGUUCCUUGGAGUGACCGAGGUAGCCCAACCCAAAGGAACAGAUAUUGUUAGGGUGGCAGUCAGAAAGCUAAAGUUUCAAAAACAUAUCAGGAAAUCUGAGGGACACAAAACCCCUAAAGUGGAGUUGCAGAUAUCUAUCUAUGGAGUGAAACUAUUAGAUCCAAAGACAAAAGACAUACAGCACAAUUGUCAGUUGCAUAGGAUAUCCUUCUGCGCUGAUGACAAAACAGACAAGAGGAUAGUCACCUACAUCUGCACAGAACCAGAGAGCAAGAAACACCUCUGCUAUGUGUUUGACAGUGACAAAUGUGCUGAAGAGAUAACUGUAACCAUUGGGCGAGCCUUUGAAUUAGCAUACAGGAAGUUCCUGGAGUCUGGGGGCAAGGAUGUGGAAACAAGGAAGCAGAUUGGCAGCUUGCAGAAAAGAAUUCAAGACCUGGAAACAGAAAAUUUCAAAUUAAAAAAGCGACUAAAAGAUCUUGAAGAGCACUUAAUAGAUUCACCGCAUCUCCACUUAACAUCUGUUAGCAAACCCAACAUGUUGCAGCGGACAUCGUCAAUGUUUUGGUGCGGCAGCUUAACAUCUAUAUCCUGUCUAGAGAUGUCCUCUGUCUCUCUAACCCCUGCAAGUUCUCCAGAAUCCAGCAUCUCAACAGGCCUACUAACACCACCACCCUCCAAACCAGCCCUGCUCCAAAAGCUACAAAGUGGAUGCUGUGUUCCUCGUCCACGAGCAGGAAGUAUUCAGUCUGAUGUUCUGCCCACUGAUGUUUUUGACAUGGUACCGUUUUCCUCUGCAUCCCCUGUCGCCAAGUACUCAAUGAAUGGCACCUCCCCUCCUCCAGUUCCUCCAACUCCACCACCUGUUGCACUCCAAGAAAGAGACAUAGAUGUGUUUGGAGCACCACCUUUCAAUCCAUUUAUCUGCAAUACAACAGACUUCCCUCCACACGUUCAAUCUAAACUGGAUGAGAUGCAGCGUCAACGGUGGUUUGUACACUUUCCCUUACGUGUCACUUGCCACAUUCUCUGGCUGCUGCAUGGUUUACGAUGUCUCUUAAAACCAGAAAUAUAGAUGGAUAGAAUUCUCUAAAAACUCAAACGUUUUGCAUUAGGCUGUACUUUAGACUCAACCAAAUGAUAUCUAGGGCUCUUUUGAAGACCAAUCAUUGGUUACUUAUUGUCUCAUCUUUUCAGGUAUAUCUUUUUUGUGUUUUACUUUAGUAUAUAGAGAGAUUUGACUGAUUUAUUUUGUUUUACUGACCUAAACCUGUUGUAUCUUGUUCUUAAGGAGGGGUUCAAUAUGGGACUAACACUGGAAGGCACCAUCUUCUCCAUGGACCCUGUGGACAGUCGCUGCUAAUAGCAGAACCUUAUUUUUUCUUAGCAAACCAAUCACUGUAUAUAGACACCAUAAUCUUUGUGUGUUUAUUCCAUAUCUCUUAACUGUUUAUUGUGAUCAAAGCCAGGCCAAAUGUGGACUACUUUAGAUUUUCUUUAAGCAUAUGGAAAUACGUACAGUAUAAUUUAAGGACAAAAUACUAAAAUGAGAAUGUCUUUUGGUGUAAUAUUUGUGUCUGUCAACACUAUUUACAUUUGUCCAAAUGUGUGUGAAUGCUAAUUGUAAAGAUGUUUUCUACUAUCUUGCACCACAAAGCACAUUAAAGUGGUCCCUUGACACUCAUCAUAGUGUCCCAUUAAAUGGGGAUAUUACGUUUUGAAACUCAA